AGCAAUGCAAGAACCUCGGCAACAGCAGCAGAGAACCCAUCGAUUUCCGUUUUGUCCAUCAACAUGGCGACGGCGCUAAUGGACGGCGAGCUCGACGCUAUCGUGAAGGUCUCGGCGGCUGUGUGGGCGGCGAUGUCCUACGCCCGCCUCGCCGCGGCGCGUCUCCGGCCAGGCGCGCCUCGCCUCGCCGCGCUUCUGCCCGUUGUCGCGCUCCUCUACGCGAUCCCUUUCGCCUUCUGGACCACCACAUUCCGCGGCACCUCGGGCUUCUUCCUCACCUGGCUCGGCUCCUUCAAGCUCCUCCUCCUCGCCACCGGCAGCGGACCCCUCGACCCCUCCCUCCGUCUCCACCAGUUCGUCUGCUCGGCCUCGCUUCCGGUGAAGCUCCGGAAGUCCACCGCCGCCGAAGAAAAGAGCAAAGCUCCCGUCCGGGGCCCCGCCAGGAUGCUCCUCUGCGGCGCCGUCAUCCCGGCCAUCAUCUACGCGUACCAAUUCAAGGACUCCAUGAACCGGUACCAACUCCUCGCUCUGUACACCCUGCACAUCUACUUCUCGCUGGAUCUCCUACUCGCCACCGUCCACACCGUGAUCCACGACCUGCUCGGCAUGGAGAUGGAGCCGCAGGUGGACCACCCGUACCUGGCGUCGUCGCUGCGCGACUUCUGGGGCCGGCGGUGGAACCUCAUGGUGCCCUCCAUUCUCCGGCCGUCGGUGUUCCGCCCCGUCCGCGCGCGCCUCGGCAACGCGGCCGGCGUCAUGGCGACGUUCCUCGUGUCCGGCCUCAUGCACGAACUGAUCUUCUACUACAUCAUGUGGAGCCCGCCCAGCGGCGAGGUGACCGCGUUCUUCCUCCUGCACGGCGCAUGCGCUGCCGCGGAGGGCUGGUGGGCGUCGCACCCAGGGUGGUGGCGGCCCCCGCGGGCGGCCGCGGUGCCGCUAACGCUGGCGUUCGUGGCCGGGACGGGGUUCUGGCUGUUCUUCCCGGCCAUGGUCAAGGGCGGCCUUGACGAGAUGGUGCUGCAGGAAUGCCAGGGCAUGGUGGCGCUCAUGGAGCAGGCCGGCCGGCGGCUCGCCGGCGCCACGGAUCUCGUCUCCUCGACCAUUUGACCGAUUGACCAAAUCAAAUUGCAAGUUGGCUGUGAUGAUGGCUGUGUUAUGUUCGCCUCACGAUUUAGAUCCAAUGGAUGCCAUGGUGUGGUUGGUGGAUCCGUACUUAAGGAUGUGCUGAUUGAUACUGUUGCUUUGCCGAUGGACUUGCAGAAGAAGAGACUGUUGAUGACCCUGCGUUGACCAAAUACAGCCACGGGCGACCAGAUUCCAAAAGCCGCUAGAAGACAUGGCGAAUCCGAUCCGAAAUAGAGUUGACUCCAUCAAAUAAGGAAAAGUGUGGAGAUUUAUCUUAGUUUUAGAUUCAUUUGUACCGGUUCAUGUCGUAACCAACUAGGAUUUUUGUUUGCUCCGGGGUAUAAAUAUAAACCCAUGAGCCUUGUAAUGAAUAAUUAUCAAUCAAUCAAUAUAACCUUUCCGCGCUA